CGCUCUUCCUCUUCCUCAGCCGGCGCGACCUUCCGUCCUCCGCCUCCCAAUGAUCCACCAGCGACCUCUAGCCUCCUCCACAUAAUGCUGAUGAAAAUGCUUCAUAAAUUCCAUGAAUCACCGCUGGAAACUGUUCGAAGCAACUCAUCUGCCGCCGCUGCCCCUAACAUAUAAAGAAGGCCAUGCUGCGAUAAGAUUCAAUCAGGACACCCUGCUCGCCCCACCACCGCUGCCACCGGCCUCAAAGCUGGUUGAGCUCUGCUCCAAGUUUGGCCCUGCUGACCAUUUUCUUGGAUCGAUUAUGACUAUUGGUACCUCAGCGCCACCGGAUUUCUUUAAAUUUUUGGCAUUGCCGGUCAGCUCGCUCAAGAAUCAUCGGAUUUAUUCAUUUUGUGGUCUGCUAGCUGAAUCUAGGAAACACCACCUAUCAUCACGUGUACUAACUGCAGGCGUUGCAGAGCACCUACUUCCGUUGGACACAAUUGAGAAUCACCGCGUGUGUACUUCCAUCUUCAACUAAUCGACACAUGGAAGCCAACAAGAUGUUUACGGAAGCAAUACAAAAACUCAAGGACAUGAGACGACCCCUACAUCUAACUCUAGAAGAAGGGAAUGAAGGGGAACCUUCACAAGCCUAUUAGGAUCUGAUCAGACGUUCUUCCCAAUCAAACACAUAAAAAAUGUAAAGAGAUAUGUCAUGGCUAUCCUUUUCGAUGAUAAAACUUUAUAGAAAGACAAUGCAUAGUUUCCAAUGCACUUAUCAACUAAUCAGAUCAUGUAAUAAGCUUAUUACAUAUCAAAUAAAUAUAUGCGCUUCUUA